UUUAUAGGUCGUAUAAAUUGAUAACCUCAUACAUAAGUGGAUUUGCGGGUUAGCCACUUAUGUUCAUCAGUGAAUAAUCUUUUUAUACAUCGAAUAAAUUGAUAAUCCGAUAUAUAAGUGAAUUUGUGGGUUAGUCGUUGGGUGAGCCACCACCCGGCUCUGCCACUAUAAAAUCUCCCGAGGAAGAUGACGAGGAGUCAGUCAACAGUUGACUAGCUGUUCGAUUCGGCCAUGGCCACCGAGCUCACUGAGUACUUGCUGCUCCUGCCGCUUCUCGUCGUACCGCUCCUCUACCUCGCGGCGUCGUCGUCGCGGAGGUCGGGGAGGCUGCGGCUGCCGCCGGGGCCGUGGGCGCUGCCGGUGAUCGGCCACCUGCACCACCUCGCCCUCGCCGGCGCGCCCACGCACCGCGCCAUGCGCGACAUGGCGCGGCGCCACGGCCCGCUCAUGCUGCUCCGCUUCUGCGAGCUCCCCGUGGUGGUGGCCUCCUCGCCGGACGCCGCCCGCGAGAUCAUGAGGACGCACGACGUCGCGUUCGCGUCGCGGCCGAUCGGGCCGAUGCUGCGGCUCGUGUUCCAGGGCGCCGAGGGCGUGAUCUUCGCGCCCUACGGCGACGGGUGGAGGCAGCUCCGCAAGAUCUGCACCGUCGAGCUCCUCAGCCACCGCCGCGUCCACUCCUUCCGCCCCGUCCGCGCGGACGAGCUCGGCCGCCUCCUCCGCGCCGUGGCGGAUCAGGCCGCGUCGUCGUCGUCCUCGCCGGUGAACCUCACCGGGAUGAUCUCCGCCUUCGUCGCGGACUCCACGGUGCGCGCCAUCAUCGGCAGCCGGAGCAGGCACCGCGACACGUUCCUGCGGCUAGUGGAGGACGGGCUCAAGAUCAUGCCGGGGAUGAGCUUGCCGGACCUGUUCCCCUCGUCGCGCCUCGCCAUGCUCCUCAGCCGCGUGCCCGCCAAGAUCGAGCGCCGCCGCCGCGGCAUGAUGGGCUUCAUCGACACCAUCAUCCAGGAACACCAGGAGAGCAGAGCCGCCGCCGAAGACGAGGACCUUCUCGACGUGCUCUUGAGGCUCCAGAAAGACAUGGACUCCCAGUAUCCCCUCACCACCAUGAACAUCAAAUCCAUCUUGAUCGACAUGUUCGGCGCGGGCAGCGAGACGUCAGCGACGACGCUGCAGUGGGCGAUGGCGGAGCUGAUGCGUAACCCGGCGGUGAUGCGCCGGGCGCAGGACGAGGUGCGGCGAGAGCUCGCCGUCGCCGGCAACGACAGGGUAACCGAGGACACCCUCCCGAGCCUCCACUACCUCCGGCUGGUCAUCAAGGAGACGCUCCGGCUCCACCCGCCGGCGCCGCUGCUCCUGCCGCGGGAGUGCGGCGGCGCGUGCAAGGUGUUCGGCUACGACGUGCCGGCCGGCACGAUGGUGCUCGUGAACGCGUGGGCGAUCGGCCGGGACGCGGCGGCGUGGGGCGCCGCGGCGGAGGAGUUCUCGCCGGAGAGGUUCGAGCGGUGCGAGAGGGACUUCAGGGGGGCGGACUUCGAGCUCAUCCCGUUCGGCGCCGGGAGGAGGAUCUGCCCCGGCAUGGCGUUCGGGCUGGCGCACGUCGAGCUCGCGCUCGCCGCGCUGCUGUUCCACUUCGACUGGAGGCUGCCGGGAGGGAUGGCCGCCGGCGAGAUGGACAUGACGGAGGCGGCCGGGAUCACGGUGCGCCGCCGUUCGGACCUACUGGUGUUCGCCGUGCCCCGUGUCCCCGUGCCAGCGCAGUAGACAGCUGGUGUUAUCUUAUCUAAGCCAAUAUGAGUAAUCGCAAUUAAUGGCAGAAUUUACCGAUAAUGGCCGUCUUUAGAUUAUUUUUUUUCUAAAAAGGUCACAUCGAAUGUUGGACA